CAAAAUUGUCAAUGUCAGACAAAACGUCAGUUGUCACGAAAUGUCAAACGAAUUGUUUUUUGCGGAAAAGUGUAGUAAAACCUGAGUUAAAUUAAUAAACAAUGUUGUUUAAACUUACUUGUUAGCGUUCCUGUAAUAACUAUAUUCUAAGAUGGAUCCGGCGCUACUACGGGAGCGGGAGGCGUUUAAAAAGAAGGCACUUGCUACACCGACUGUUGAAAAGAAAAAGAAAGACGAGUCACAGUUUAAAGAUGACAGCAAGAAGAAAUCAAAAUCAUCGUCAAGCUCGGCCAGUGCUGGGCCGAAGCUUGAUGCCAGUAACUAUAAAACGAUGACGGGCAGCUCCUCUUAUCGAUUUGGAGUGUUGGCCCGCAUCGUGAGACACAUGAGAGCGAGGCAUCAGGAUGGUGAUGACCACCCUCUCACCCUGGACGAAGUUUUGGAUGAAACUAAUCAGUUGGAUGUUGGGAAUAAAGUCAAACAGUGGCUGCAAACAGAAGCACUGCAGAAUAAUCCUAAAAUAGAAUGCACACCUGACAACAAAUACAUAUUUAAACCUGUUUACAAAAUAAAAGACAAAAAAUCUUUAUUGAGAUUAUUAAAACAACAAGAUCUGAAAGGUCUCGGUGGCAUACUGCUAGAAGACGUCCAGGAAUCUUUACCACAUUGUGAGCGAGCUCUGAAGAACUUGGCGCAAGAGAUAUUAUACAUAACUAGGCCAACGGAUAAAAAGAAAAUAUUGUUUUAUAAUGACAAAACAGCGACUUUAGACGUAGACGAAGAGUUCGUAAAGUUAUGGCGCGCUACAGCAGUAGACGCAAUGGACGACGCCAAGAUCGAGGAAUAUUUAGAGAAACAAGGCAUCAAGUCCAUGCAGGACCACGGGCCUAGGAAGCCAGUAGCUCCCAAGCGCAAGAGGCCAGCACAGAAACGAAGACAAUUCAAGAAACCCAGGGAUAACGAGCACUUGGCUGAUGUUCUUGAGACUUAUGAGGACAACACAUUGACACAAAAGGGUGUUUCGAUUAAAUAAAUUGCGAUUAUUGA